ACUUAAUUGAAGCCCUUUCAUAUAAUCAAGGUAUUCCUUCUUGAAAGGGUCCAGCUGAGAAUUGACAGAUAGAAUUUUGAAACAGGAUAGUUCUAUUAAUUGAUUAACAAGCCUUGCUAUCAGCCCAUUAAUAUAUAUUCCAUUUCCGUAUGAGUCUGAAUCCUCAUUCCCCAAGUGGAGGUGGACAUAAAGACCAAGUUUCUGCUCAACAAAUUCCAAUACAUUCUACAAAUCAAAAUCAUGCUGCUUCAGCGAGAAGGCCAUCGUUACUAAGAAAUCCAUCUUCAACAAAUUCCAUCCAUAAUCCCCUUUCUCAUAAUCAUCCUCAUAUAACAAAUCAACAGCAAACUUCUUCUAAUCCAACCCCUAGUGCAUUACAUUCCCUUCAUCUUAAGCAUCAUAGCAGUAAUUCAACUAAUACCCUAGGAUCUUUACCAAGCUCAGGUAACAACAGUUCCUCAAAUUCCCCGAAGGUGGUGACUCCAACAUCUAAUUUUCCUCAUCUUAGUACCCAACCUUCAAGCUCUAACGUUAACUCUUCAUCAAAUAAUAACCCAGGAAAUAACCCUAGCAGUGGGAACUAUGCGUUGGGCUCAUCACAAGGAAAUACUGGAGUUGUAUCAAAUCAACAAGUCAGCAAUGCAAACGCAGGUGGAAAUCCGGGAUCUGCUUCGGGUCAAUCAAAUUCAACUAGAUCUAGAUCACGGUCAAGAUCUUUGACUCAAACAUUAUCUAACAAUUUACACAAUAACAAUCAGUAUUUAGCUCAAGAAAAAGCAUAUUUAAAAAAGAUCAAGAAUCAAUACGUGGAUGAUUAUUAUACGAAAGGUAUCACUGGAGCAGAUGAAGAAUUCAAAGAAGGUGAUUCAAAUGCAAAUGAUGAUUAUGACGAAGAAGAAGACGUUCUUAAUGCCGGUAACAGCGAUUUAUUAGCUGAUAUAGAUGAUGACAAAUAUCAAAUUGAUUUUAGUCUUGCAUUUUCAAUCAUGAAAAAUAGUAAUAAUAUCAACAUAAAUAAUCGCAACAUUUCUCAAGUUAGUCGAGAAACUUCUGAUGACCCUGCUGUUAUAGAACGUUUGGAGUGGCAAUCAAUGCUUACCUCUGUGUUAACCGGUGAUGUUGUGAGGUCUGAAAAGACAAAAAUAAUAAACAAUAACAAUGCUGAAGAUGGACAAGAGUCUUUUAUAUACUCUCAUCUGAAAAAAAACAUUUGGUUCGGGGUUCGUGCUAAACUUUUCAAUAGAACUGAAGAUGAUCAAAGAAAGAUUGUUAGUUAUCGCCGUACUUUGGUUGAUCAACUUAUUGAAGAUGUUUUGAAGUACGAAAUAAACUAUGAUGAUCCAAUCGAUAAUCCCCCUAGAAAACAAGUCGUUGAUAUUCUCGAUCGUUAUGAGAAGGCUUGUGAAUUAUGGAUGACUAUGAAAGAGAUGAGAAGCGAUAAGCCAGCCUGUGGUGACGCUGAAUUCCAAGAUCGAAUCGACGCAUUGAAUGCGUGGUUGUCAAUUACAGACGCAAUUGCGAGAGCUACGAACUCGCUUCGUGUUUGGAUUGGUAAUGAUGAACUAGAUAUCACAAAGAGUCCCGUUGAUUCAAAGUUAGCUUCACCAGGGUCAGAUGAAGAAAUUGAAGGGGAUGAAUCCAAUCGUAAAGUAGUCAAAAAAAUUUUCGAUGAAGAUAAUAAAUCUUUAGCAGAACGCUUAAUGAAAGAGAAAGAUGUCUUAACAAUUUUUAAAAGCCGUAUUUUUAAUCCAUUAGCGCCUUGGAUGGUUAAAUCAAAAGACACUUAUAUAAGGUUGGGUCAUAUAUUUGAGAUUUUGAAAUUACCGGACUAUAUUCAUGAUUUAAUUCAAUUAUGCUAUAUUCCCAUGAGAUUGAUCAAAGAAAUAAUCAAUGUUCGCUUGACUUAUGCCAGGAAAUUACAUAAUCCUACAUUGAUGAUGAUCGAUCAAAUGAUAGAUGAUUUCAAGUCUUAUAUAACCAUUGCCCUUGAAGUCAAGCUGGGUGUAAUGGAGUAUUGUAAACCCGAUGCUACUAAAACUUGGGUAUUGAGUGACCCAUUCGAUAAUGAAACAUUGGAUUUUGAUAAUGUUCUUUUACUGUGUGUGAGAUAUUUCCUUGUCUUACUCAAUCGUAAGUUAAUCGACAGUUCAAGGUCACCAACUACGUUUAGGACAUUCAAAGAACCAGAUGAAUUAGAGGAUACUUGGAAUUAUCUUAAAUUAUUAGGUAGCUUUGUUGAAGGUGCGUCUAUAGUUGUCGCAGAGAAUAUUACAUUAUUAACUUCUAAGUUAGUUCAAAGAUUAUUUGCAUAUUUUAACAACCAAAUUCGAACCACUCCACCACAAAGUCAAGGUGCUUCAGAUUUAAUUAGAUGGUAUACUUCGACGACUGAAAACUUUGCUCAAAUUCGUCGUAAAUUGGCAAGAUUUACUGGCCAACUUUCUCGUGACUUCAGUAAUGCUCUUGUAUUUGACAUUCCUACCUCUCCUGGUAACCGUACUAAAAUGUUGUUGGAAAAUUUGAGAGCCAGUAACCAUUUCUUAGUUUAUACGGGUACUGUUGAAACUCAAGGUACUUAUUUUUUUGCUAGUCCUGAGUUACUUGGAAAUGAACACGAAAUAGUUAAGAUUUUGAAUGGUUCCUAUGUUGGUAUUGAUUCUUCGGGGUCAAGUUUAGAAUUUUCGGAUUUAUUAAAAUUAGUUCAGUUAGAUGAAGAUAAAGAAGAAGUAGUGGUGAGCGAUGAAUUUCCUAAACCAAUGGAGCCAUCUCACCUUUUCAACCAAGCUCGUCAGUCAUUACCUUCUAACCCAGGUGACUUAGCUUAUGUUAUAGCCCUCUGUCCUGCAAAACCUAUAGUUUGGGAGGGUGAAGUUGUUAAUGUGCAUAUAGAUGAAGUUCCAAUUACCGAUGUCAAAGUUGGCGAAAUGUUGGUUAUAACCAAAUUACCUCAUUAUCACUUACAUUUUGUAAGGGCAAGAUUUUUAGAAGCCAUUGAUGAAGCAUUGCUAAUAGGCGGACGUAUUCCAAAGAUUGGUCAAAGAUGCUCUUUAGACAGGGUUCACCAUGAAUUGACCAAGAUUAAUCGUGCUUUCUUCAAGAUGUCUUUGGCAGUUUUAGAUUCAGUGAAAACAGUUCGUGAGAAGUGUAAAGCAACUGCUCCAGAAGGUGGAUAUCAAGAACUCAUAAAUAAUUAUUUUGUUUACGCGAGAGACUACGGUAAGAACACUGUUAAGAAUCUUGAUUCAUCUAGAAAAUCGACAGUGAUCAUGAAACUUAUUCAGUUAUCUAUUGAAUGGGUGAGUUUUAUAUGUGAUGAUUGUAUUCCAACUGAUCGCAGAACUUUUAGAUAUUGUGUUUUAGCAUUGGAAUUUGCUAUGGAUAUGACUAGGGGUUUCAAUGUUUUAGUAUUAAGCAACGACCAAUUUUAUCGAAUGAAAUUGAAAGUUGCACGCUGUAUGUCUUUGCUUAUUUCACAUUUUGAUAUUAUGGGUGCAAGAUCCAGUGAAGCAGAAAAGAGAACUUUACUUAAGUGGACUUCACAAAGGCAUAGAAUUGAGAAUUCUGCUGAUGAUGAAUACAUUAUCAAAGCUUAUCAAGAAGAUGUUAUGAAAGCUCUUGAGCAAGUUGAAGAUUCUAGAAGAGAUUUAGAGGAACAAUUACAUGCAGUUGGAAGAGUCUUAGAUGUUACUGACUCUGAAUAUCAAUUUGUUACAUUGUUAGCAUCAUCUUUUUCAAGUGUUUCCAUCAGAUGGCAAAAGAAAUCGUUCGUUGGUGGUGGUUCAUUUGGUCAAGUUUUCCUUGCAAUUAAUUUAGAUACUGGUGGAUUAAUGGCGGUUAAAGAAAUAAGAUUCCAUGAUAGUCAAUCUAUCAAAAUUGUACCAUCAAUUAAAGAUGAAAUGACCAUUCUAGAAAUGUUAAACCAUCCAAAUGUUGUUCAAUACUAUGGGGUUGAAGUUCAUCGUGAUAAAGUUUAUAUAUUUAUGGAAUUUUGUGAAGGUGGCUCACUUUCUGGUUUAUUAGCACACGGAAGAAUUGAAGACGAGAUGGUUAUUCAAAUUUAUACUUUACAAAUGUUAGAAGGGCUUGCAUUCUUACACCACCAAGGGGUCAUUCAUCGUGAUAUCAAGCCAGAAAAUAUAUUGUUGGAUAGAAAUGGUGUUGUUAAGUUUGUUGAUUUUGGUGCAGCCAAGGUUAUUGCAACAAGCGGUAAGACAAGAGGAUCAUCAUCACUUUCCAGCUCAACUCGUGCCAUCGGUAACCACAAUAAUGUUAACUCGAUGACUGGUACUCCAAUGUAUAUGUCACCGGAAGUCAUUACUGGACAGUAUUCAGAUAGAAACGGAGUUGUUGAUAUUUGGUCGUUAGGAUGCUGUGUAUUAGAAAUGGCCACUGGUCGUAGACCAUGGGCCAAUUUGGAUAAUGAAUGGGCAAUCAUGUAUCAUAUUGCAGCCGGUCAUCAGCCCGAACUACCAUCUCGAGAUCAAUUAAGUGAAGCUGGUAUUAAAUUCUUAUCCAAAUGUUUGGAGCAUGAUCCAAAGAAGAGAUCUAGUGCUGCAGAAUUAUUAAACGAUCCAUGGAUAGUUCAAAUCAGACAAGUUGCUUUCGAAUCCGAAGGUGGCAGUACUCCAUCGUCAGAAGCAGGCUCUGAAUUACAAUAACUUCACUAGAUGGCUUCGAUUCGAUUCUAUUCGUUUUUUC